AUGGAUUUGAUUUCGAUCCAAAGCUUUGAUGCCUUGCCCCACAACCUUAGAGAGUGUUUCUUGGACAUGUCCUCGUUUCUUGAAGACCAAAGGAUAAUAGCUUCCACCAUAAUUGACUUAUGGUCUGAAUGUUACGGUAAAGAGAGUAUUCUUUGUAUGAAUUAUCUCCAAGAACUCGCCUCUCUCCAUCUCCUUCAACUUCUUCCUCUUGGGAGAAAUGAGUGUGAUAAAGGUUUCUACAAUGAGUUCUUGGUCAAACAAGACAACUUCCUCAGAGAAUUUGCUAUAAAUCAAUGCCAAAAAGAACCGCUCUUCGAAAGGAAAAGACUAAACUUGGAGAUACAAGAAAACAAAUUCCCAAACUGGUGUAUAAAUCCAAAACCACUUAUUGUUAUUACUGCAUCUCUCUUAUCUAUCUCUACUGAUGACUCAUUUUCAUCAGGUUGGGGUGAAAUGGAUUGUCCAAAUGUUGAGGCUUUAGUUCUUCAUCUCUCUUCAUCUAACUAUGCAUUACCAAACUUCAUUGCUACAAUGAAGAAACUGAAAGUUGUGUUUAUCAUUAAUCAUGGUCUUGAUCCUGCAAAAUUAACCAAUUUGUCGUGUCUCAGCUCAUUACCAAACCUGAAACGGAUUAGAUUCGAGAAAGUUUCAAUCACUUUGCUUGAAAUUCCCCAGUUGCAACUGAUCAGUCUAGAGAAGCUGUCUUUAUCGUUGUGUCACGUUGUUGAGACUGCCACCGAGACAGAAAUUGAUGUUUCUCAAACUUUACAGAGUUUACAGGAAAUCGACAUUGAUUACUGCUAUAACCUUGUUGACUUACCUUAUUGGAUCUCUCAAGUUGUUUCACUGAAGAAGCUUAGCGUCACAAAUUGUAACAAGCUUUGCAGACUCCUAGAAGCUAUAUGCGACUUAAGGAACCUUGAAAUACUGAGACUCAGUUGUUGUAGUAAUCUCAUUGAGCUGCCUGAAACGAUCGAGAAACUCAACAAUUUGCGGUUUCUUGAUGUUUCUGGUGGCUUCCAACUGAAAAAGUUGCCACUAGAAACUGGAAAUCUGCAGAAACUUGAAAUGAUUUCGAUGAAAGAUUGUUAUCGAUGCGAGUUACCAGAUUCAGUGAAGAAUCUAAAGAAUCUGGAAGUGAAAUGCGACGAAGAGACUGCAUUCUCAUGGAAGAGAUUCAAACCAAAAAUGAAGAAUUUAACAAUCACAGAGGAAGAAACAGAACAUAACCUGAACUUGCUUCUACUGUUCUAA